CCAGCUGCCAGUUGAGAUGAGCUUUUGCACACCAUGCAUUCAGGAAUGUCUUAAGCCUAAAAAGCCUGUUUGUGGAGUUUGCCGUAGUACCCUGGCUCAUGGCAGCAGAGCUCUGGAUUUGGAAAAGCAAAUUGAAAUGACAGAGACUACUUGCAAUGGCUGCAAUCAAAAAAUGUAUCUCUCAAAGCUGCGAAGUCAUGCAGCUGCUUGUUCGAAGUACCAGAAUUACAUAAUGGAAGGUGUUAAAGCUGUGACUAAAGAACCACUACAGAAUAUCAGGAGUGUUCCCAAUAGAUUUACAUUUCCUUGCCCUUAUUGCAAUGAAAAAAAUCUGGACCAAGAAGGACUGGUAGAACACUGCAAAAAUUUUCACAGCAAUGAUACAAAGCGAGUGGUUUGUCCAAUCUGUGUAUCAAUGCCCUGGGGAGAUCCACACUACAGAAGUGCUAACUUCAUGGAACAUCUUCAGCGACGCCAUCAAUUUUCAUAUGAUACUUUUGUGGAUUAUGAUGCUGAUGAAGAUGAUAUGAUGGCCCAAGUCCUAUUGCGCUCCUUGAGGGAUCAAUGAAAAAAGCAAGAAGUAUUCUUAAUACUUGGCUUCCAUUGGUGAGAAAAGACUACAGACAUGACUUCCUCCAAGAUACUUUGGCACACAUAAACUUAAACUGAAGGCUCUCCCAUGGUUUUUAUUCCUGUCUUCAAAUUUCUAAUUUUGCUUUUUUCUAAUGGACUCUCUGUUGAAGCUCAUCUUCGCCAAGGUCUGUUUUUCUUACUCAUUUCUGGAUAUAUAUU